AGCACCUGCGCGAGGAAAGAAGGAAGCCCCUACUCCCUAGCUACUUGUCUACUAAAUUGGACAAAAAUAACGAGCGUUUCACAAACGGAGCUUCUAAACAUUGCCGCAAUGAAUCGUGGAAAAGGCGGGAGUUCCUUCGUCGGCGACCCGGCUUGCAUAACAGUCAUGCGAUGGAAAAAGUACAAAGAUGGCGCCAUCACCUACCACGUACCGGUUAAUAUACGAUUACUGGCAUCUGAGGUUGAGUGGCCUGAGGCGAUUGCACCCAAGAAGAAGACAAAUGCGUGCGUAAAUCGGGAGGACGUUACCGUGGUGCCAAGAUCCAGGGAUCGGCAAGGCACUCUCUCUUACGCCUCUACUAGGCGAGUUCAGGGGAAACUGGCAAAUGGAAUUCAAGAGGCACAAGAAUUGAUUUGGCCUUUGCUAGAGAGACAAACGGAGUUGGAGAUGUUCUUGAACAGGUACGACGAAGACAAAAUGAUGAAGAGAGAGCUGACGCGCAAGUGGUUACACGAGGACGUUUUGGGCCCGCUCCAAAGCAAGCUGGACCGCCACAUGGCCGUCUGCAACCCGCUGGAAGUCAAGAUGCGGCAGAAGUUGUACCAACGAUACCUCCAACACGGAAACAUCAAGGGUGACGUCUUUUUGGAUGAUUGUGACCUGGAGGUAUACAACCCCUACCUCUUACGCGACAAAAAGCCGCACAGGUGUAAGCGCAGGACGACUGAACUGAAGAAGCUGUUUCACGAGAGGCCCAAGAGGAAGAACACCGCUCGCUGUCUAGCAGGUUGUCAGUAUAAAUGGACACGUCAGAGCGAAGUCCAAGACGGCGGUGACGUCACACCCGUGAUCGACCCGUUCUAUGUCGAGCCAGCAGAGGAGAGCCACGCACAAUACAGCAGGACUUGCCUAGACGUACCGUACUUUCUCCGCAAGUACGCCACCCGGGAUGGGACGUGCCAUCACGAGGGCUGUGGGUUCUCCUGAUGAUUACCUUGAAGUCCAUUUUAUCAUCCUCACCGGUGGUGAGUAAUGAAGCCCCAAGAAAAGAGGACUUUGAGUACAAUGGACAGAACUGUACAGUAUGUACAAUUUAUUCAUUAAACAUGUCGAUUUUCUUACAUAUGUGCUGUCUGAGUUAUGAGCUGCCACGCUAGUCAUUUUCCAGGACUUGGUCGCUAGUAUGUAUCUUUUGAGGUCCUAAAGGGCUAUGGAUUUGAGAUCAAGCAAAGCUUUUGAGUGGAAGAUAAGAUAAGGUGAUGAGUUGUCAAGUGGUGUUUCAUUUGAGUGGUGUCUCAUAGAGCUGCAGGUCCAGCUUGACCCAGACUUCUCCUGUGGGAACUUCGUGGAGCAACAAGCGGCGACU